CGGCCGCCGGAGCCUCGCCGGGGCAGAUACCACGCCAUGUUUGCGUUUUUGGUACUGCUGUGUCAACUACACGUGAUGAUGUUUGCAUUUCCUCACUGCACAGAGAGAUUAAAUAACUUGAAGCAACCUGAACGGAAAGACGUGUUCACAUCAGAAAAGGAGGCCAAUUUAUUCAUGGGACGACAUCUUCUGAAUAACAGAUUUGAUUUUGAAGCAUUCACAGCGGAUAACGUGGAAAGAGAAUGCUUUGAAGAGCUGUGCAGUUAUGAAGAAGCGAGAGAAGUUUUUGAAGACCCUGAUAAAACGAUGGAUUUUUGGAAAGACUAUUCAACUAAAGGCCCCAAAACAAAAAUAGGUGAUGAGACACUACAAAAGAUUAAUGUUACAGGACUUCUUAUCAGUCUAGUUGCUGCUGGAGUACUGUUAGUUAUAAUUGGACUGCUUAUCUUCUACUGCUGCAAAAGUAGAUGCAAAUCAAGGCAACCGCCAGGGUACUUGGAUUAUGUAAGAAGUAGAAGACGUAAUUCAUCUAGCGUCUUCAGAAGGCAUGAAGAACUGUCUUUAAACCCACUUCCUCUCAGAACUGAUGAUUCAGGACUACCAACUUAUGAGCAAGCAGUUACUUCAGAUGGACAACACAACGUGCCACCACCCCCUUAUCCAGGGCCCCCGAAAGGGGCACGGGUGUUUAAAAAGUCUAUGUCACUUCCUGCCCCUUAGUCACAAACCUCCUUCUGGGGUGAGGGGGGAUUACUGAAACAUAACAUACUUUUUUAAAAAGUGUGUGCUACCUUGCAUAUUGCAAGACAGUUUACAAAAAUGUGAAAGAUCUUUAGCACAACUAGGAACCAGUGAAGGUCCCAUUUGGGAAAAAGAGGUGAUCUGUUGCGAAGGCUGCAGGACUAUUCUUUGCACAAGGUUAUCGUGCUAAGAGGAGGCAAUGCAUAAAGAGUAAGUCUUGUACUGCCACCUUCUUCCAUAUGCACUUUGAGCCAUCCCAUCGCACUAUUGAUGUUUCAUUAAUAGUUUCAUCUUUUUUUUUUUCUUCAGAAGGAACAGUAUUUUAAUUGGUUUUGACACUAACCAUUUUUUGUGACUAUUAAUACUUUAAACCACCAUAAGAAUUAUACUUUGUUGUUUGAUAUAUUCACUUCACUGCUGUGUGAAUUUUCUAUUCAUUCUAGUAAUAGAGUAUGAAAAUGAUUUCAUGAUUUGAUCUUUCAACUGUAUAUGUAUUACUGCUUCUGGAUUACACUGGUUUGUUUUAGACAUUGCUGGUUAAUACACUACUCAAUUUGUUGUAUUUUUGCGAUUAAAAUUUUGGAUGAAAAGGAGCCAUUAAUUGCAUAGCACGUUACCCAUUCAGACAAAGUAUACUUUUAUCAAAUGGUUUUGAUGUUCAGCACUAAAUACCAGGUUGAAGUGAAUAAGCAGAGUGCUGGGUCAGGGGAUGUUAAGCAAAUAGCUAGAGAUUUGUCCCUUGUUAAAAAAGUACCCAGGUUUCACAGAUAAUGUUUCUCUUGCAGUUUAAAAAUUUAAAUGGUGAAAAAGACAUUGAACUUGUUGAAUCAAAGGCCAAACUGCCCCACAGAAACACUAUGCAUAAGUAUGUAUGGCCCUACUAGGAUGACAAAAUGAUACUUUUAAGUAGAAUAAAACAUCAUAUUAGAUAAAUAACCAGUAUCCACAGAGCAACAGUCAAGAAUUUCAGGGAGUUACUGGUUAACUGUAUCAAUACAAUUCCUGUAUCUCCAGUUGUAGCCACUCUUAAUUUUACAUCUUAUUGAAAUAUCAACCCCCAGCAUUAUAUGGCCUAGAGAUCUUGCUGAGCAAGUCACAGACCAACAUUGCUGUCCCUUUACCUCCUAGUCAGAUGGCACCGUAGUGGAAAAGGCUUCCCAUAGCCACACGGAGCUGUAUUACGAGGGUCUCACAGGCCACAUGCUGGGCUGGUGUUUUCUUGUAUUACAGUAGCUAUAUAGUUGCACACAUGCAAUGAAGUUUUUUAUGAAGCAACAAAUUCCACACACCCCCGCACUGCCCCCCCCCAUUUGACCAAUGCUGACAGCAGCAAAUGGUAUUUUAAUUUGGUGCCUAAAAUGCACUUUAUAUUAUAAAGGUUGAAUAUUUGUAUGUAACAUUUUACUGAAUUUUAUGUUUUUUAACAUGCUAGAACUUACAGUGCUAUUGAGUGAGAUGCAGAGGAUUGCUAUGAGGUUUUUAGUCUGUAAAUGCUUUUGUAAAGAAGAAAAUGCUCCAAAUCUUGGAAUAUAAAGAGGGUACAUUGAAAAUGCUACACAAGGAGGUCUUGCCCUUUGAAAAAUACAUACAAUGCAGCCACUACCAGUGGACAUUGGACUGUGUUCUUACUCCUAAAGCUUCAGCAUCAGAUUUGGCUUUUGACAAGUCACAAACCUCUCUGUGGCUUCUUUCUUGUUGAGAGAUGGGGGAAUCCCCUUGUUGGGAUAGCUUCAAUUCACUUUUGCCCUACUUGUAAAAGCAUUUUGAAGUUCUUGGAGGUUACUAUUCUGUAAGACUGAAAUAAGUGAAUUGUGCGAGAUCACUGUUGAUAACCAAAAUACAGAGUUAUGAUGAAGCUAUGGAAUUAUAAGCUUGCAAAAAUGUUUCUCCCAUAUUUCCUUGCCAUUUAGGUAACAAUUUUUAAAUUUGUUAAUGUGCAUCUUGAGCUAUAGAGCAUGCUUUUCUUUAGAUUUUUCCUGGGACUCAAAAAUGACUAAUUUAAUGGGACUGAUAGGAGCACUUUCAAGGAAAGGGAUUUCACAGGGCUUGUGAGAGUUCAGAGAUUCUUCAGUGUUACUACAGUGAUGUAUGCAUCUGGCAAAGUCACGUUUUAAAUAAACUACAGAAAUU